AUGCAGAUCCGGAGAUUCGAAGCAAAACUGGAGAGUCUUCUGACUAAUUUUCCAGUUCAGGAUCCAGGGCACGAACACAAUGGAGAACCGCAUGCUGCAACUCAACGCAAGAGCCGCAGCCGAAAAAACCGUUCUACGCGUCAGAGCGACCGUGUGCAGAGGCGUCGCUCAGCCAAUGCCCACAGAGCUGAAAGCCGGCUGCCACCAACACAGAGUCCACAUCCAUUUCCCACCCAUCCUUCAAAUUCGGAGCAGUUGCAAGCUUUGAGGGAGGCUGAGAAUUUUCCGGUUCUGGCUCACCGCCUGUUGGGUUCCAAGAAUUUGGACGACCGACGGCGACUCGACUUAUGGGGCUGCGCAUGCGCACUGGAGUAUCCUUAUCUGUGCGUGUACGGGGGGUUUGCUCGGAGCAAGCGGACAGAUUGUCUAUUGGUGUACAAUGUAGAGUCUUCCUCCUGGGAAACCAAGCACGCGCCCCCGGCUCCUGAAGGACCGGGCGCGCGGGUGUCCGCGUCUCUCCUUGCUCUAGGCCAAGGAUACGCUCUACUUCUUUUUGGUCGUCGGGGCCCCUCAGAACCCUGCUCCGAUCCUUGGUUGCUGGACACGAGAACGUUCCGUUGGCUGCCGGUUCGCCCCGCCGGGAAAACCCAACCUCGUGCCGCGACCGACAGCGCGUCGCUGUGUUCCGAGGCAGGAGUGGAGAACUUUGCGCCAUCAACUGAAGGGGAUACACCAAUUGGUCUCAGGGACCGCUGCAGCUUGGCACCAACUGGGCAGCACUUCGCACCUGACGAAACCGGCGACGUCGCUCCGUCCGACCACCCUGCAGGCCGGUGGAGACACGCGGCGUGCGUGAGGCAGACUGCAUGGACGAGGACUGAAUGCGGAGCCCGCGGAGUGGCGGAAGUCUGGAUCAUGGCUGGCGUCAACGGGGCACAGCCCAUCGGCGAUUCCGUUCUUGAUGAUCUGUGGCGUUUGGCGAUAGAGAUCAACGAGAUCGAGACGCCCAACAGGCUGGUGAACUGCCAGAGCAACUGGAGCAGGGUCGCCGGACGAGGAGAUGCCCCUCCACCGCUUCACUCUUUUGCCAUGAUGGCUUCCUCCACACACUUGUUUCUGUUUGGAGGCCUCCGCGGAGAUGCGACUAACGAAGGCCCGAUUCCACUGGAGGAUGUGUACGCAUUCAACAUCAACUCCGGUGUUUGGCGCCGGCAGCGUACCCGGUGUGCCAUGUCUGUCGGUGGCGAAAAGAACACGGCUGUGCUCGAAUCGCUUGAAUGGAAGUUCUUGGGGAUACUUCCAAACUCGGAUCGCUCCUGGAGGUGUCGACUUGGAGGCGCGUUUUCGCCUGCCGGCGCGGAGCUUUUCCUGGUUGGCGGCGGAGGAAUCUGCUUCACGUUUGGUUCCCAUGCAGACCCGCCAAUCGCAGUGAAGCUGCUGCCUUUUUUCCUUAAUGAUGCAGACACGGGAUCGGAGUCUUCGGCGACCCUGCCGAUGCCAGGACUGGAUACUGCUGUCAGCGUCCAGGCGAACGCUUCCUUUGUGCCGGCUGCAGAGGCUGAAGCGCGGUCGUCAGACGGUCCCGAACAAGGCGCGGCAAACGGGCAAGGGAAGGGGGACGGAUCGAACGCUCCUUCGAGUCCAUCGUCGGACACCUGGCUUGUCGUUCGGAACCGGCGUGAUGUGAAAUGGAUCAAGACGAUUCUUGAGGAGCACUGCAUCUACGAUAGAGAGAGGAAGAUUAUGUCGGUUCCUGAGGACGUCGUCUCCCUGGUAGCCAGCAAUCUGAACCUCCGUCAGAACUGCGCAUCCGGCGAUCAGGAACCGUUCCUCCAAAGCUCUGCCAGUUUGACAAUGAUACCCGUCUGCCGACUCUUCCAGAUUGACGCGGUCCUCAAUCAGGGGCAAUCUGUCUUCACCUCGGAUCUAACUGCCACAGAUGGGUUGCACUCCAACCUUUGCUUUUUCAACUACAGCGGGGAAGAGACGAAAAGACAGCCGGUGUUCUCUCUUGAUGUAGCCAUGGCGGAGAGCAUUCUAGAGGCCGCCCGGGAGCUUUCCGCGAGCUCCGCGUUUCUCGAGAACUGCUCCAGCCUGCGAGCGUCACUACUUAAGAGCACCCACAAAUCCAUCACGCCCGCCGAGAGACCAGAGUCCAGUCGCCCAAAGUUGCUGACUCUUCCUCGGAAAUUUGAACGCCUUGGAAACGCUGUUCUCCUUCCAGCUGGCAGCCUCGACGGCCUCAGGGCCUUUCUCGCAGAAGGAGAGCCUCAAGUUGGAGCGAGGCGACUCGAGGCAUUAAUGUGGAAGCAGCUGGCCAGGAGACUGAGAGCGGAGACCAUUGGCGUGCAGGCGCCAAUCACCGGGCCGAAACGGCAAAGCCAGGUGCACAUCCUCCACGGCACCAGUGGCGUCGUUCAUCACCAGGAGAACGGAGUGGUGUAUCAUUUUGACGUAACGAAGUGCAUGUUUGCCUCGGGCAACGGGACAGAACGAGCGCGGUUUGUGAAUCUCAUCAGAGCAGGCGAAUCCGCCGAGGCCGAGACCGUGGUGGACCUUUUCUGCGGGAUCGGCUACUUUUCCCUCGCCGCCCUCACGUGCGCCGGUGUAGACAGACUGAAGCACCUUCAUGCUUGCGACUGGAAUCGGGAUGCGCUCCAAUUCUUCGAAGCGGCUCUUGCCCUCAACCACGUUGAUCCCGGACGCGUCACGCUGAACUUUUGCGACAGCUUCCAAAUGCCUGGGCACGGACGCGCGCAACGCCACGGUGAGGCGACGCACUCGGAGGAAGCCUUGGGGCCUCCCCCUGCGUCUUUGGUGGGCAAGGCAGAUCGUGUGUCCCUUGGCCUCAUUCCGUCGAGCGAGCAAGCGUGGAGGACUGCUCUAUCUUUAAUCCACAGAGAACGCGGCGGAAUGCUACAUGUCCACGGGGUAGGUGCGAUGGAAUUUGUUGAAAAGCCCGCACACUCUUUGCGAGUCGGAUGCCAGGCCGGCAGGUGGAACCUGGUUUCCGAACCAGGGGUGUGCGCGGUCGACUACGAGUGUAAACUCUCGACGACGAGCCGGUUCAAGGCUUCAGAGGCCACGCAUGCUGUAAUCCGUGGACAGAAGCUGUACCUGGGCAGGGAUAUUGGGCGCGACCUUGCCUUCGCGCAGUACGUUCUCCGCCGUUUGGCAGGAAUAGCAGUCUCCUCUUUCCCCAGUCUAUUUGGCACUGGACGCGACUGCACGUGGGCGUUCAGUCUCUGCCAUGUGGAACGAGUCAAGUCGUAUGCUCCGAAACAGUACCAUUUUGUUGUUGACGUAUCGUGCAGACCAGAGUCUGUGUUGAGCGGGUCCUCUUCAGCCUGCACUCAGUGA